GUUUUCUGCAUAUUGCUGCCCUCUCCAGCCAGUCGCGGCCCGUUCGGCAUAACGUGGCGGCCCGUUUUAGCUUAUCAUCGCCUGUUCGGCCCCGUUUCGCGGCAGGCCCACUGGGAAAAGUCCCGGUUCUCCCGAUGGCCAGUCCACCCCUGCAUGGAAAUAAUGAAUUCAUAGUUCCAAGUAUGGUGCAACAGUUUUUGUAUACAUUUAGGCUCAAGGGAGUGCCACUGACUUUCUUAUUAGCUUUUUUCCCAAAAGAUUUUUACUGAAUCCUCUAACAAACAAUUAGUGGGUCCCACAUGCGUUUUCAUUUUGUUCUCCUGAGGGACGAACUCUCCGUUCCGCUCAUUGUUUUUUGUCACAACAAGAGCGUGAAAAUCGCACCUCAGAUGGUCUGAUGGUUUCCUCAAGCUCUCAACUGACCUACAUAACAACAUCAUAUGGGUGGAAAGGUCGACGUUCGAGAAAGAGAGUCCUGUGAGCUUAUUACGAGGCUAAAUAGCGUAGUGCGUGUGUUAUUGAUCACGAGCCGGUUGAUUUGUUUUGGUAAUGUAAGCAGUGCAGAUGGUGAUGAACACGCGCUCUGCAGCACUGCUGUUCUCUGUGUGACAGAUAAUGUAGCGUAAUAUCAAACAGGAUAACGGAACCGGACUUUCUCUAACCGUUUUGGAGGAGUCGAGGUCUUACACGCAUUUUUAGUGGCUCAACCACCCGUUUGCAGGAGCUUAACAGAAAACUGUCGGUUUUACGCAAGUUAAAGCGCCAGCGCGCGACGACGAGACAUUUGAACGGCGAUUCUGACAGUGUGUUGAAGUGCGAAAGCCGGACUGAGCACAACAGGCAACGACAGAUUUAUUCACCCCAAAGACACUGCAAAUAUAGAAGAAAAAUCAUGUCCGUAGAUAAAACAUGCUCCCGCUCUUCGUUAUUUGUUUCGACGGGGACACGAGGGUCGACAGGCCGCUGACAGUCACAAGGGGAAGCAGGACAGCCGGACUGCUGGGGGCUUUUUUGAACACAGUAUUACCGGAGUUCACCUGCCAUAGACCAUGUUGUCCAUCAUAGCAGCGGGGUCUGUGUUUUUCCCAGGCCUUUUCCUGUUGUCCAGGCAGUGUCUCAAAUAUGUUCCUGGGCUGAGGUGGAACGAGGGGGAUGCAGUCAUUGUUUCAGCCCGGUUGGUGUCAUCCAUCCAAGCUAUUAUGGCUUCUGCAGCCGGUUACAUCAUCUCCAGAUCCUGUGAGGACAUCAUUGAAGACCAGCAUUGGCUGACCAGCUCCUACAUCCUUUUUGCUGUGCCGUACUUUGUGUAUGAUAUCUACGCAAUGUUCCUGUGUUACUGGCACAAGCUCCAGGUCAAAGGUCAUGAGGUGGACAACGGGUCAAAAUCCAAGGCUAUGGCAGUGUCUGGCUAUCUCCGCAGAGAGUUCCUCAUGAUCUUGCAUCACGUUGUCAUGGUCACCUUGUGCUUCCCCAUCUCUGUGUUCUGGAGGCAGGGAAAGGGUGAUUACUUUCAGGGUGUCAUGUUCCUGGCUGAACUUAGCACACCGUCUGUCUGUCUAGGCAAAAUCCUCAUCCAGUACAAGCAACAGCACACACUUCUUCACAAAGUGAAUGGGGCUGUUAUGCUGAUCACUUUCUUCCUCUGUCGAGUACUUCUCUUCCCCUAUCUCUACUACAUUUAUGGAAGGUAUGCCUCUAUCCCUUUCUAUCGGGUUCCUUUUGCAGUGCCCUGGCAGUGUAAUCUUGGAGCGGCGCUCCUAAUGGCCCCUCAGCUCUACUGGUUCUCCCUGAUCUGCAGGGGGGCGCUGCGCCUGUUCACCGGCAGGUCCUCGCAGUCCCGCAGGCCGAAAGCUCCAGUCAAGCACGAUUCUGAAGGACACUCGUCGUGUCCUCAACAAGCCAAUGGAUACAGUCCACGAAUGGUGGGUCAGGACACGCCUGCAAUGUCGCACUGAAGGGAGGAGCUUAUGAACCAGACUAAAGAAAGACAGUAGGAAAGGGGGAAUGGAUGGACGCAAUGGUGAAGCAGAAGAGGAAGGGCAAGGUGGCAAGGAUAUACACAGAGUGAUUAAAAAAGUACUGAAAUAGACUAGAUGCACUGAUGCCCUGUACCACAUUACAGCACAGCAUUAUGUUUAGUUACAGGACUUGUGUACUGUAUAUAAGACUUGCUUUAGUAGAUCAAAGGAAGCUAUGCUGACAAAAAAAUCUGAGAUGGAAAUGUCUGCACAAUAGCCAGACUUGUGUCCAAAACACACAUUUGAGCAACUGAGGCAAUAAGUGCAAAUUUUCUGUGAGAACAUUUCUGAAGCAAGAGAAGCACUUUUUGUUUGAGGCAUUUUGCUAUGGUUAAGGAAUUUCAAAACUGGGGGCGAAGGUCUAGUGCCUGAGGUCUGUUCUUUGCGCAUAUUACUGUAGUGUUGCGAAUGCAUCGUUCAUAGAAAAGCCCUAAAAUACUUCUUAUUGGUAUUUAGCACUGGUCUACAAUGAGCAACCCAAGGCACCAGGCAUUAUCAUCCUUCUCCUUUUCUAGAGAAUAGAAUAAGCUGGUUCAGUUGAAGGAAAAGUUCACCCAUGAAUGAUUCUGUCAUCAUUUACUCACCCUUAUGUUGUUUUUGUUUGUUUUGUUUUUUUGCCACCUUUUUCUUCUUCUGUGGAUCACAAAAGUAGAAAAAUCUUCACACAGCUCUUUUCCAUAUGUUUUUUAUUAUUAUCAAAAAGUGUAUUUUGACCAAAACUGUCAAACUCUAAAAAUGUCAACAAAUGGCAUGAAAGCAUCCUGAAAGUAGUCCAUAUGACUUCUGCACUAUUUUAUGAGUCAUGCGUUACCUUUACUUGAGAAACAGAUCUUCCCCUCCACUGGAGCUCUCGUUAUUCUGCAUAUUCGAACUGGCAUGUCACAUUCUGUUACAACGUAGCAUGAUGCGUCAACAAGCAUUUUUGAAUCUGACCUUAAAUGCAAAUGAGAUUUCAGAGCUUUGUUGGAAGAUAAGAUAAUCAGUAGAUAACAAUUUCAUUUUCUUUCUGUUUCUCACACAAAGCUAUCAUAUGGCUUCAGAAGAUUUAGAAUAUAACACUCAAGUAGUUUUAGUUUUCCAGCUCCAAGGUGUGGUCACAAUUAACAGUCCAUGUAUGGAAAUUAUUUAAAAAUGUUUCUUUUUUUGUGUUUCACUGCAUAAUAACAGAAUGUGGGUAUGGUGAGUAAAUGAUGACAUAUUUUUCAUUUUAGAGUGGGAACUGAAGUUAAAAAGGCUUCUCAUUCAGUUUAACAGAGCUGAUCCAAAAAAGCCCUUGUGACAAGGAGGAGGGCGUGGCCGGGCCGUGAUGGUGCAUGGCCGGCGCUGAAUCAGAUGAUCAGCGGAAUAAAGGGGAGCCAGAGAUGCCAGUUCGAGGGAGAGAGAGACACACACACGGCCACGCGGCAUGUGUGUGUGUUUGUUUAAGUUUGUUUUAUGUUGAGUUUUACAUUAAACUUUAUGUUGACUGUUCAGCCGGUUCCCGCCUCCUCCUUGCCCAUCCUUUAACUGUUACAGUGGUGCCAAAACCCUGGAAGGAGGAGGGAUGAUCCGUCGCGGAGUCCUCGCCGCUGCCAUCUGCCAGGGGAGCAGCCGCGGCUGUCUGCCUGGGGACAAAAGGGUCACUGUCUGCCGCCGAGAGCCGGAGGAACUGCUGCCGUCUGCCGAGAAGGGGAGGAGCGGUUCCGUCCGCCCAGGGUUGGAGGGCUCGCUGCCAUCUAUCGGGGGUAUGCGAGCUGUUGUCUGCCAGAGGGCGGAGGAGCGGUUGAGGACCAGGCAACGUCAUGAGCAAGUUUUUCUCUCUCUGUCCUCUCUCUCUCUCUCUUUGUGUCUCCUGCUCGCCCUUUCCCUCUCCCCACGCCUCCCCUCGUCUCUCCCCCAGGUUCCCAGGAGGCGGGGUGGACCACCGGCUGACAGAACGGCCGGAAGGGCAGCAUCUCCCCUCCAGAAUUUGGGGGGUGGUGGGGCGUAAGUCAGUCCGGUGGCACCCUGGCCUUAAUCGGGCAGGGGAGGAGUGUGACGAGGAGGAGGGUGUGGCCGGGCCGUGAGGCUGCACGGCUGGCACUGAAUCAGAUGAUCAGCGGGAGAGCGAGAUAAAGGGGAGCCGGAGAUGCCAGUUUGAGUGAGAGAGAGAGAGACGCACAAGGCCGCGUGUUCGUUUAUGUUUGUUUUAUGCUGAGUUUUACAUUAAACUUUAUGUUGACCGUUCAGCCGAGUCCCAUCUCCUCCUUUAACGAACUCUUAUCCUUUAACUGUUACAGACCUAUCUGGAUCAAAUGAAAGAAACACUAGUAAAAUGUAAUUAAACCCUGGCUGUCAGAGAAAGAGGCAGCUCAGGGUUUAAGAAUGUAUUAUUUUGUACAUGCUAGUACAUUGUUCAUACCUGGUCAAAGCAUGAAUGGAAAGUAGCUACCUUGAAUGAUCUCCGAUUAGACCUGUAAUCCACAAUUAAUUGACUUUAAACUCAACAAUUGAGUUUUACCACAUUUACAGUUAGAUUUAUGAUAUCUAUGAUAUAUAACCUGAGAUCUGAGCCCAGAGAACCCUGCAUACAUUUUAAAGGGACAUGUUUUAAUAUAUGUAUUAAGCUGCCUUAUCCCUAUGGAAACUCUGACAUCCUUUUUCUUUGUUAUUCAUUUUACUUUUUGCCUGAGAUGGGUUACAGUUAUUUCAACAAAUGUGAUACAAGAUGUGACUGUACAUAGUCAAUUUGAAAUGUAUUUGCACUUUUUUUUAAAUUUGUUUUUCAUCAUUAAAGGGAUAGUUCAUCCAAAAAUGAAAAUUCUCUCAUCAUUUACUCACCCUCAUGCCAUCUCAGAUGUGUAUGACUUUCUUCUGCUGAACACAAACACAAAGAAUAUUUCAG